ACUGGAAGACCGGGACCUGGGCUGGACAUGGCCUCGGCCCUGAGCCCACCCCGGGGCCCCAAGCCCAAAGGUGUGCCACCUUCACACUACUAUGAAAGCUUCCUGGAGAAAAAGGGACCCUGCGACCAGGAUUACAGGAAGUUCUGGGCAGGCCUCCAGGGUCUAGCCAUCUGCUUCUACCACAGCAACCGGGACUUUCAGGCCCUGGAGAAGCUGGACCUGAGGCUGUUUUCAAAGCUCAAGGAUGAGGCUUGGUGGGGGAGCUCGAGGGACACCAGCCACCACUUCAGCCUGGUUCUCCGGGACCAGGAGGUCAAAUUCAAGGUCGAAAGCCUGGAGUCUCGUGAGAUGUGGAAAGGAUUUAUCUUGACUGUGGUGGAGCUCCGUGUGCCGUCUAACCUGACCCUGCUGCCCGGGCACCUGUACAUGAUGGCUGAGGUUCUGGCCAAAGAGGAGGCGCGGCGGGCCGCUGAGGUGCCCUGGUGCUUCCUGCAGGUGAGCCGGCUGGAGGCGCAGCUGCUCCUGGAGCGCUACCCCGAGUGCGGGAAUCUGCUGUUGCGGCCUGGAGGGGACGGCAAAGAUAGUGUAUCUGUCACUACUAGACAGAUACUCAACGGGGCGCCAGUGGUCAAGCACUACAAAGUGAAGCGGGAAGGUCCUAAGUACGUGAUCGACGUGGAAGACCCGUUUUCCUGCCCCUCACUGGAAGCUGUGGUCAACUAUUUCGUGACGCAAACCCAGAGGGCGCUGGUCCCCUUCCUGAUGGAGGAGGACUAUGAGAAGGUUCUAGGCUUCGUGGACUCUGAUCGGGAGAAUGGCGAGAGUGUAUGGGCUGUGUCCACCUCCCGGGGCUCAGGCCCUGCCCUCCAUGCUAAUGUCCCAAAGCCACUCCCACCUGUGCCUGUGUCUGUGUCCAGCCAGGAGGACAGGCUGCCUCCACUACCUCCCCUGCCUCAGCUACUGGGCCAGGAUGAGAACUAUGUGACCCCCAUUGAAGACUCCUUAGCAGCUGAGUACAUGAAUCAUGACGUGUCUCCCUCUAGUCAGCCAGUCCCCUCGAAGCCUACGAAGCCGGCGAAGCUCCCAGCGAAACCCCCAAAGCCACCAGUUGUGCCCAAACCAGAUCUCAGAGCCGUCACCAGUGUGUGGGCCAGGAAGCCGGGUGGCAGCUCACCACAGGCUCCCUCCCUCGUGACAAGGCUGGGGGACAUCACGGCUGAGCUGGAAGAGAAACUACGGAAGAGGAGAGCAUUGGAGCACUGAGCCAAGCCCCAGGGACUGGUGGGCUGUCUCGGGGCCCACUGUAGCUCUGCACCGGCUCUGUCCUGAGGGAACUGGACACAGCCAGCACGGAGGAAUGCCCGUCCUCCACAGUGAAGCAGGGAAGACUCUGGGAGAGCUGAGGCUAGCCUGAGCUGCACGGUGAUGUCCGAGGCAGCCUGGGCU